AUGAAUCGGGCGCGAAAUGGUUUCGUCUUGUCAUAUCCAACCCCCAGCGGGUCAUCUCCCAGUCACCAAAGAUUGCUCCUUGCGACUAUGGGAUGUCUGCAUAUUCUACAUUCGCCAUCGCACCUUGGAACGCCGAUCACCAAUGCCUUCCUCCUGAAGAAAGCGUCAGGCAAGGCCAAGGACGUCGUCAUUCUUACUCGCUCAUCGUCUAACAACCUGAAGACCAACCAGCUCGCCGCCAAAGGUGCAACCAUCAUCUCCGUCAACUACAACGCUCCCUCAGCCCUCUCCCAAGCGCUCUCCAACGUCGACGUCGUCAUCUCAACGCUGGGUCUCGAUGGUGUUUCCUCCGACUCUCAGCGCGCUCUCGCUGAAGCUUCCAAGGUUGAAGGUGUCAAGCUCUUCGUUCCCUCUGAAUACGGUGGCCCCACUACCGAUGGUCCACAACAGGAAUCGAUGGUUCAUAAAGUCGUGCUUCAGGAGAGGUUAAAGGAGAUUGAGUUGCCGUAUACCCUGAUCUUUAAUGGUCCUUUGAUGGAGAUUUGCAUAAGACCUAUCAUUGGUAUUGAUCUUGCUAACGGGAAGGGAAUCGCCGGCGGAGACGGCACGAUGCCUAUCUCAUGGACUGCAAUUUCGGACGUCGCAUCCUUCUUGGCUCAUGUCCUCACGAGCCUGCCGCCUUCCGAACUCGAAUGGCGCACCUUUCGCAUUGAAGGCGAACGAGCCUCGAUGAGCGAUAUCUACCAAGCUUACGAAAAUAAAACCGGCAAGAAAGUCGAGGUCACAUAUCGCUCAACACCCGAGCUUCAGGAGCAGGCUGAAAACCAAUCCCUACCCGCAAGACCGUGCGAGCUUUUGGCAACUUUUGUGGGCGCUGGGGAUGGUGAUACUGUCGUUAAUAUCAUCCUUUCUCGACGGUACUGGUUUUCAAGCGCGUUGUGGAUCAACCUGAUUGUAGGGAAAGUGGAAACCCUCCCGCAUGUCGCAUGGUGCAAUUCAGGCCCGCCGCCAUUUUUGUCGACGUACGAGGUAUUCGGGACCACGGACGAGAGUCAAACAUGGUGUGGUGCAACGCAGAGAAAGACACCGCCAGAACAACCUGAAAACCAUGAUGUUCAGAUCAUUCAAGUCGGCGGAGAUAGUCUUCCGUUCAGUGUGCUAGACAGCGAUGGGAGGCGAGACACGUCCGGAGGAAGCGGUGGUUCUCGUAGCGAAGAUGCUCAUAGCUGGGUACUGCACCGUGCUCGCGACCAUGUAUUUCAUGAGCAAUGCGGGUACGCGGCGUAG